AUCGGCAUUUCGUCCACUGCGCAUUCGUGAAGACGAUCUUUCGCGAUGCGCGGCGAUGCGUUACCCCUCCUCGAGGUGAGACAGGCGUCGGCGUCGCGGCGGCGUCGCGUCGGUGCGAGAGAGGCAGGAAAGAUGGGGAGCUCGGCCGAGAGAAACGGAGCUCUCGUCCUUUUCGCAUCGCGCCGCGCUCAGUCGACGCGCGGCUGCCACGGAGCACGGAUAUGAUCGCGCUAUGCAUCUUCCUCCUGACCGUCGCCGUGUCGCGGCACGCGGCCGAGCGGGAUCGCCCGAGGGAGAUACCGCUGUCGAGAGAAAAAUACUAUCACGUGCCCGGCUCGCUGACAAACGAACAGGUCGCCACGUUGUCCGGUCUUACGAACGUCACUCACAUGAACGAGGUCUUGGAUAACAUAUGCGUGACGAGGAUCGUGGGGACCGCCGAGCACGCGAGGGUAAAGGAGUAUAUCAAGAGGUCAAUGAAAGGUCUGGGCUGGACAGUCGAGUCGGACGUGUUUCGCGCCGACACGCCUGUAUUUGGCGAACUGGAGUUCGAAAACAUAAUAGCAAAGUUAAAUCCUAACGCGAAAAGGUAUCUGGCGCUGGCUUGUCACUUCGAUUCGAAAUACACGCGAGAGAGGGAUUUCGUUGGCGCCACAGACAGUGCAGUGCCAUGCGCUCAACUAAUUAAUUUGGCGACUGUCAUGAGCAAAUAUCUAACUAGACAAGAGGAUGUCAGCCUGAUGUUUAUUUUCUUCGACGGGGAAGAAGCGUUCGAGGAAUGGGGCCCGAACGAUUCGAUUUACGGUGCCAAACACUUGGCUAAAGAAUGGCACAAUAAAAAGACUGCUUACGGCGAAGGAAUGCAUUUCUCCGAAUUAGAUAGAAUGGACAUAUUGGUCCUCCUCGACUUGCUGGGCGCCCCUGACCCGACUUUUUACAAUUAUUUUAAAAACACGGAGAAAUGGUACUCCUUGCUGGUCAGCAUCGAAAAGAAACUGGUUCAAAUGAGAAAAUUGGAAUCGUAUUCGUACGGCAGACCGGAACAGAGAUAUUUUCAACCGUACUCGUUCGAGGCGCACAUCGAAGACGAUCAUAUCCCUUUCCUGAGGAAAGACGUGCCCAUUUUGCAUAUAAUACCGAGUCCGUUUCCGGCCUUUUGGCACAAAUCUGGCGACAAUCGACACAACAUCGACCUGAAGACUACGGAGAACCUCAACAAGAUCCUCAGGAUAUUCGUCGCUUCUUAUUUACGUUUGUCGAGCGUCCAAUGAAAUCAAGAGAUUCAAUACGAACAGCACCAAGGGAAAUGUUUAAAGUGCGUAAUGUCGAUAUUAAGAAAGGAUUCGUACUUUAUAUUGAGCUGCACACGGCCUUUUUUUCGACCCUUACGUCGCUCGUGACGUCCCGCCAGGCGUCCUUUUUUUUUACGAAACACGUGAUAUAUUUGUAUAAUUUUGUAUUAUACGUAACGAUUAAUUUAUUAUAUAGCAGCGAUGUUACAUAUGUAUGUUACUACGGAUAAGACAAAUGCUACAUAUUUUUGUAUAAAUUAACAGAUCUGAAAUUACGACCUGUAUAUAAAAGUAGCCUAUAGCUGCAGAUAGUACGCGCGAGAAAGUGCAAUAUAUAUUUAUCUUCGGUA